AUGAACGACAUGGCCCUCACUCCGGAGCAAGAACGUAAAGUGACCCACAUCAAAUGCGAUAACUGUCGUGUUUGCAUGCUACAGGGCAAGAUGGCCCGAUGCCACUCUACCUCCUACCCUGGUCUCGCAGCCUGGAAGCCCCUCCCGCCCGACUACCGCACAGCAUAUGAAGGUUACUUCGUUUAUGGCUUCCCUCUGUCCGAGAAAAAGGCAAAGAGAAUCCUGAAGCGCCUGCGCUGCCCGCCAUCUAUACCGGAUCGCCUGUUCAUGCACGCCGUCGAAAUCACCAGGCAACUCGAACUCGGAGCGAAACUCAAACACGCGUUGACCUACACGAUUGUCAAAGCCGACGCGCAGAGCGAGGAGGAGGGCAUGGCGUUCGACCAAGAUGGCAAAAGGGCUGUGGACAUCUUGGCCCUUGGCUGCACGAAAAACCGCAAACUCUACCACCACCGGAGGCCGACGCCUAAACAGAUGGAGAUCUUGGAGGACUUCCUGGGUGAACCGAGGUGGUUCGAAACACUCCAACCCAAAUCCGAAUACCAGACUUUCUUUUUCAACGAUUUACCUUCGGCAUAUAUAUCCACGUCUUCCAAUAUCGAACCGUACCCUGCUGCAAUGGAACACGAGACCACUGUCAGAGAAGCACAGAGCAAAGAACACGCGAACACAAGUGACAAUAGCCUUGGAAGCGCAGGGCAGGCCACACCCGAGAAGGAUCAAGUCACACCGAGUCCAAGGACCACAACUCUUACUCCAGAACAACAACGUAAAGUGGCCCACAUCAAAUGCGACACCUGUCGCUCUUGCGGGAAGAUACCCCCGUGCCAUUCCCCCUCCUACCCUGGUCUCGCAACCUGGAAGCCCCUCCCGCCUGACUACCAAACAGCAUACGAAGGGUACUUUAUCUACGGUUUCCCCGUGUGUGAGAGAAAAGCCAAGAAGAUCCUGAAGCGCCUGCGGCUCCCGCCAUCCACACCAGAUCGCCUGUUCCUCAACGCCGCCGAGAUCAUCAGGCGUCUCGAACUCGGAGCGAAACUCGAACACGGGCUGAAAUUCACGACCGUCAAAGCCGACGCUCAGAGCGAGGAGGAGGGCAUGGCCUACGACCAGGACGGUAAGAGGGCCGUGAAGAUGAAAAAACGGCAGGUGGAAGCGGACAGGAAGAAGGCUGAAGCUAAUUUGUUCAAGGAAGUUGCAAGGAAGCAGAAACAACAGGAUCGGUUGGCAGCGUUGGAAGUGACGAGUCGGAAGCUUGUCCUAGAUGAGUCAGAGAUUCAGAAACUCACCAAAGAUCAACUUAACGAGCAGCUGGACUACCAUCGGAAUGCAGAGAAGGGACUUCCAGACAUUCCACAGGAGGUCCGGGUACCUCUAAAGUCGAAGAUGACGACGAAUGCUAUGCGGAAAGAAGUCCUAAUACGCGCUGCUAUCAGGUAUAGAGCACGAAAUGGACCCCAGAAUGAUACCCCACCUUUGGAUAUACCCCGGUAG